GGUAUCAGACUUCAGACAUCAGACAUCAGACAUCAGACAUCAGAAAUCAGAAAUCACACAUCAGAAAUCGGACAUCAAACAUUGGACAUCAGGCAUCAGAAAUCAAAUAUCAGACAUCGGCCAUCGUACACGGGACGUCAGACGUCACACAUCGGACAUCCGAUAUUGCACACCGGACAUAAGACGUCAGAAAUGGGACAUUGGACAUCAGGCAUCAGACAUCACACAUCGGACCUCAGACAUCAGACAUCGGCCAUCGGACAUUGGACAUAACACAUCGGACAUCGCAUACAGCACACCGGACAUCAGACAUCAGACAUCGGACAUCAAAUAUCGCACAUUAGACAUCAGACAUCGGUCAUCUAAAAUCGGACAUCGGACAUUGCACACCGAACAUCAGACGUUAGACAUCGGACAUUAGACAUCAGACAUCAGACAUAAGAUAUCGGACCUCAGACAUCAGACGUCGGACACCGGACAUCAGACAUCGGACAUCAGACAUCAGACAUCAGACAUCAGACAUCGGACAUCGGACACUAUGUGUGCACGUAACACACUGGACAUCAGACGUCAGACAUCGGACAUUACACACGAGACUUCAGGCAUCAGACAUCGGACAUCAAAUAUCGGACAUCAGAAAUACAUACAUACAUACGAAACUUUAUUUAACUCCGGAUUUUAGGGUAGCCUAAAGGCUAGUAUCUCCAAUGAAUUACACGUACAACAUCAAACAUAAAAAACAUAAAAACAUAAACUGGUGGUUAGUAAACGUCUAAUUCAUGAAACUAUGGGAAAAAAUGAAAACGCCUAAAUUCCUUCAGACUAGUGGUUCUCCUACAAGAACCAGGAAGCGAGUUCCAAUAUCAGACAUCAGACAUCGGAAAUCGUACAUCGUACAUCGUACAUCGGACAUCGGACAUCGGAGAGCGGAUAUCGGACAUCAGAAGUCAGAAAUCGGACAUCGGACCUUAGAUAUCAGGCAUCAGCAUCAGAUAUCAGACAUCGGACCUCAGAAAUCAGACAUCGGACAUCAAACAUCGGAGAUCAGACAUCAGACAUCGGACAUUGGACAUCAAACA